AUGCCAAGCUCCAGCGAUUUCGACUCUCCUUAUGUCAGAUCGGCUUCGCAAACGACGAACCAACCUCGGAAUGAAAUCGAAGAACGAAAUUCUACGAGCGUCCAGGCUUUGUUUGCCACGGAUCCUGCCAAUGACAUGCGCAUGAUUGCAAACAAGAAAGACAAGCUAUUAGACACCAUAGACUCCUGGAUCAUGAAAGAUGCUACCUAUAUCAAAUGGCUGGUGGACGAUCGAUCACUUGUGCUAUGGCUACAUGGAGAUCCUGGGAAAGGCAAAACGAUGUUAGCCAUUGCGUUAAUUGAGGAAUUCUCUAGAAAGCUCCGAUUGGACCAAUCUGCGAAUGAUACCGCCUUGCUCUACUUUUUCUGCGACAAUCAAGACGACAGGGGUAGGACAGCGUCCCUCAUCCUUCGUGGCUUGAUAUAUCAAACUCUCUGUCAGCGUCCAGAUCUCGCCGUCUACUUGCAUAACGAGUACGAGAAACAACGCGAACAAUUGUUCUCCUCUCCGAACUCCCUACACACAUUGUGGCGGAUAUUCCAGACCAUCAUCGAGUACUCCGGCCUCCGAGAGAUCUUUAUCGUGAUUGAUGCCCUUGAUGAAUGCAACAAAGAAACAAUGGAGACGUUCUUGGUGCUUCUUGAGCCUUACAUCACAAUCGAGGAUGAUGAGCUCGCUCAGAGUUUCCAGAAGGAUCCGAGAUGUAACAUCAAAUGGCUCUUGACGAGUCGAAACGAAUUGAUGAUUAAGCAGCUAUUGACAGGGUCACUAGACGUUAGUCUAGAGGAAAACUCUAGUCAUGUUGAUGAGGCUGUUUUGAAAUUCAUUGACGUCAAAGUGAACCAGUUGACCAGGGUGAAAAAUUACGAUGAGGCGCUUAGAGCAGUCGUGGGAGAUUGCCUUCGUCAGAAAGCCGAGGGAACUUUCUUGUGGGUUGCGCUGGCCUGUCGUGAAUUAUCAAAACCCUCGGUAUUGUCGAUCAACACGGAGGAGACACUUUCUCAUCUACCUUCUGGAAUAACGCCUUUGUAUACUCGAAUCAUGGAUCAAGUCUUGACCUCUGGAGACGAGAAGUCGACUGUUUAUAUCAAAUCGAUUCUCCAGUCUAUGAUCGUGGCUCUGAGACCUCUUAUGCUACCCGAGUUGGCUGUUGCUGCGGGCUUGCCAAAGCAAUAUCAUCACAACCUCCACGUGCUCGCAGAAUACGUCGACCAGUGUGGAUCAUGGUUACUAUUCGGGAACGACAAGCUCACUUCGUUCAUCUGUCGGCGAAGACCUAUCUAA